AUGCCUUAUAACUCAAUUGGAAGCUUUGUGGAUUUUUUCGGAGGACUUACUUACGACCACAUGAAUUACAUUUUUGCUGAAGCAAAUUACGUUGAGGGGAAUGCUUACAGUGCCUAUCCAGCAACAAAUACAAGUUUAUAUAAAUUUGCAGUAUCUGAACCUGAAAGUUUCUCAUACUAUGAGUAUGGGAAUGACUACGUGGUUGAUAAUGAAUAUAGCGGGCAUUUGGAGAAUCUCUCACUGGUGGAUGAUGAUCGGGGCACUGUUUCGCAUAUACACCAGGAACGAAAUUCGAUUACCAGUGCUCAUGCUCGUCCAGUAGAGUGUAAGAUUGUUUAUGUAUAUAAUUCUAUUUAUUGCGUGGCUUGGCAAGACAACAUUGACCCUGACAACAUGACAUAUGAGGAGUUACUUGAGCUGGGCGAGGCAGUUGGAACUCAAAGUAGGGGUCUAUCUCAAGAUCAAAUCGCAUUGCUUCCAACAUCAAAAUUCAAAUGUGGAUUUUUCUCUAGAAAAAAAAUGAGAGGAGAGAGGUGCGUGAUUUGCCAAAUGGAGUACAAAAGAGGCGACAAGCGUAUGACUCUCCCGUGUAAACAUCUCUACCACACCAGUUGUGGGAGAAAAUGGCUUAAUAUCAAUAAAGCUUGUCCGAUAUGUUACAAGGAGGUGGUGGUUGAUUUCCCGAAGCACUGA